AUGUCGGAUUCAACUAAUCCAAACACCUAUACAGUGGGGUGGGUUUGCGCUCUGACGACAGAGUUCACUGCAGCUCAAGAACAAUUCGAUGAGCAAUUUGAGGAGGACGAAUCCCCUAGAUACAGGGAGCCAAAUGACUACAAUCUUUACGCUUUCGGAAGAAUACAUCGCCAUAUGGUGGUUAUUGCUGCCCUGCCGCACGGUCAAUACGGCACCACAUCUGCAGCCAUUGUCGCGAAGGAUUUGAUCCGCAGCUUUCCCAAUAUCCGAAUCGGUCUUAUGGUCGGGAUUGGCGGCGGAGCCCCCAGUGAAAAGCACGAUAUUCGCUUGGGAGAUGUUGUGGUUAGCUCACCGACAUCCAAUCACGGCGGUGUAUUUCAAUACGACUUUGGGAAAGCUUCAGAAGAAGCAUUCCAGCACACAGGACACCUUAACUCGCCACCUCAACUACUGCUGGCAGCAUUAACGGGACUCAAGAGCCAAUAUGAUCGAAAAGGCCUUAAGCUUCAAGACGAAGUUGACACCAUCGUGGAAAAGAACACAAGACUGAGGGCCAAAUACAGACGUCCUGUAAAUCCGGAUCUUCUUUUUGCUGUCUGCACCGCCCAUGAGAAUGAUCCGUGCUUUAAGUUUUGCACGACAGCCCCGACCGAUAUUGUAACUCGGACACCACGAGAAGAGCCUAUGGAAGACGUUGAAGUUCACUAUGGUACUAUCGCGUCGGGCAACACUCUCAUGAAAGAUGCAGCUAGUCGCGACAAACUUGCUCGUCAAGAAGAUAUUUUGUGUUUUGAGAUGGAAGCUGCUGGAUUGAUGAAUGGAUUCCCGUGUCUUGUCGUUCGCGGAAUCUGCGAUUAUUCUGAUGCUCACAAGAAUGACAUAUGGCAAGGUUAUGCAGCUAUGACAGCAGCUGUAUAUGCUAAGCAGAUUCUCAAGAAAGUCCUCCCUGAGGCGGUUGAGAAUGAGGCAACUAUCAUCUCGAAAGUAGAAGAAGUUAUCUCCAAUGUGAAAACUCUAAUACGCUCUUUGGAAGAAAGAGAGGCUUUAGACUGGCUCUCUGAUACCAAUUUCGGUGCUUACCAGCUAGAUGAGCGUGAUAAGAAGGCUCCGGGUACGUGUGAGUGGUUUCUGACCUCACGGGAAUAUCGGUUCUGGAUCCAAGAGGAAGGCCAGGUCCUCUUCUGUCCGGGAAUUGCAGGGGCUGGAAAGACUGUCCUCGUAUCUGCUAUCAUUGAAGACCUGCAUUCUCGCUUUCAAAACGACCCGAGCACUGCGAUUGCACAUAUAUACUGCAGAUACGAUCGUACUAAUAGGCAGACAUUUGACGAAUUGCGGGCAAGUCUAUUGAGACAGCUUUGUGAGAAACUGUCUCCUCUCCCUCAGGUCAUAAUGGAACUUCAUAACGAAUACAAACUGCGACGUAUGAAGGCGCCCCCGGAAAGGAUUAUUUCAUGCUUGGAAUCUGUAUCAGGCUUCUUCUCAAUGAUAUUCGUGGUCAUUGAUGCGCUAGAUGAGUGGCAGCAAGUGGACUGCCACUCGUUACCAAAAAGGCUGCUGUUUCUUCAAGGAAACCUCCCGUUCAACCUACUGGCAACUUCCCGACCAUUACCCCUCAUCGAAAGCCAUUUCAGCGGCCACCAACGUUGUGAUAUUAAAGCGCAACAGCAGGACAUUUAUGCCUAUGUCGACAAUUUUGAGUGGCCAGAGUCGCACUGUAUUGGUAAGAUACCAGGAUUGAAGGACUCCGUAAAAGCGAUUAUGUGUGAAAUCACAAGGGGAAUGUUUCUUUUGACAAAGCUAUAUCUCCAAUCCCUUGAAAACGAGACGUCAGAAAGAGAUGUGAAGAAUGCUCUGAAGCGGCUCAAAGAUAGAGCGAAGGAUAAUUAUGAGGAUCCAGAUUUCGAAGUCCUGGACAAAGCAUACAAUGAUACUCUGAAGCGGCUCAGAGAACAGCCUAAAAAGCAGAGGGACCUGGCAUUUCGAGUACUCGCUUGGAUAUGUUGCACAAUCUGGAAGCUACCGGCCGAUGGGAUCUUGAAUGGUCUUGCCUGGCGAGAAGGGGACACAGAAUUUCAUCAAGAUGGCAUGGUCGACACAGGAUCACUCCUUUCUGUAUGUUGGGGCUUGGUCGAAAUCCCGAAGGGAAGUAGGGAGAUUCGUCUCGUCCAUUACACCACCGAAGACUUUUUUCGACACAACCGAAAUUUGUUUGAUGAAUAUUUUUGGGACCAACAUUCCCUUGAUCGUCAUUUACCUCCAAGUACCGACGACUAUAUUUACGGUCCAGCGAGAAGUGGCAACAAGUACAAAAAUUGGCAGUCUGAGCUCUUAGAUAACCCAUUCUACGAAUAUGCCGCAUUCAAUUGGGGUCAUCAUGUCAGAAGCCUUUCAUGCUCUGGCAAAACUUAUGACACAAUUGUUGACUUUCUCAAAAACCAAGAAAUGGUCGAUCUGGCGGUUAACGUGAUCUUUACUUUUGGAGGUUGGGACAACAGAGGGGAGGCGCCUCGACAUGUAGGCGGCUUGCACCUUGCUGCCCUUUUCGGACUUGAUGAGUUGGCAAUAUCACUUGUGCAGAGUCUUGAGAUCGAUUCAAGAGAUAGUUCUGGCCGGACUGCACUAGCUUGGUUGCUUGAGUGCUUUGCAUUCGAAUUUGAACUUCAAGCGAAUUUCAGAUCUGGGAGCAUACUAGUGCCCGAAGGCCUUUACAAUGGUCGUCUCUGUGUUUUGGAGGCUCUAUUACUAUCAGAGGCUAAUCCAAGCGCGCCUGGAUAUAAUGAGGAUACUCCUCUACAUUUAGCAGCCAAAUCGGGCGACUCCGAGGUCGUUCAAAGAUUGCUUGAAUGUAAGGCAGACGUUGGCACAUCGAACAGAUAUGGCGAUAUCCCUCUUGUGGUAGCAAUACGGCAUGGCUCAGAGUCGGCUUACGCGAAGCUCCUGGAGGUCGGUACAGUCGAUAUCUGUGGAAAGAACAGCCGUACUGCUCUCAUCGAGUGUGCUUUUGUUGGAAACCCAGCUCUACUUUCGACUCUUAUUGAAAGAGGUGCUAAGGUGAACUUCCAGGAUGAAUACGGCAAAACUCCCCUGAUUGAAGCCGCCCAAUCCGGCCAUCUUCGAAUCGUUGAGCUACUUCUUGCAAAUCAUUCUGAUAUAAAUCUUCAAAAUCGCUACGGCUACACGGCCCUGAUGAAAGCAUGCUCGUAUGAUCGUACCGAUGUUGUUAAGCUGUUACUUGCAAAUAAUGCUCGACUGGAUGUCCGGAGAAGCACAGGCAAAAGUGUUUUUACCGACGCGGGCCGUCACAGUGGAGACGACAUUAUGAAGCAACUCCUCCGGGAAGAUAUAGAUACCAGUGUUCGGAAUAGCUAUUUCGUUGAGGCUUUGAUGUCUGCGAGCGAAGAGAAACGCCCACAUGCCGUCUCUCUGAUACUAGGAAAUGCCACCUUCAAACCAGAAUUAAGGAACCUCGACGCUAUAUUGUCCAUAUCGUUUUCCGACGGAAACGAAAGGGUUAUCAAACUUCUGAUUGAUCAUGGUGCAGACCCUAAUACAGAAGUCGUGUUGAUUGAUGCCGGCGCCGAUAUUGAAGGCUGCAAGAACGACGACUGGGGACCAAUUCAUGCUGCAUUAUCGGGAGGCACGCAAGCAAUGCUCAUGGUGCAUUUACUGAAGCAGAACGACUAA